AUGUGGGAUGCUGCAGGGUCUCUCAUCUUGCGCUCGAAGGGGUUUUUGAAGAGUCCGGACACGGACUCGCAUCACCUGCUGGGUCCUUCAGAGGAGCACCACUUUUACCACCGUGCCCAUUUUGCUCCCUGGCAGCUGUCACCGGUCCUUGUGGACAAUGAAGUUGUGGUAACGGGCACGCGAGUGAUUCUCACAGAAAGCCGUGUUGCACGACUGGACUUCAAGCAAAUGGGCUUUUUAAGCGAUGCCUGCGCCAGUUGGAAACAAGAGUCGUUCGACCGAGACGUUGUUCGAGGUUACGAAGCCAAGCGGGUGGUGCCGAAGUUCCGCCAGCUCCUUCUACCUGUGCUGGGCCUCGUGUGGUGUACCUUGGUCCUGUUCGAGAUGUCACCCAACAUUCUGGACAUCGUUCACGACCUGAUCAUCUUGCUGCCAAUUGAGCACGCAUUGUGGCUUGUUGGUGGCUCUUGCCGGACUCUCCCAGUUUGCAAGCACUCUCUUGCAAAACCCCUGCACCUUGCUUCAGAUGCCAUCAAGCGAUUCAGGCCCGAUCCACAAGGAAAUCCUCCCCAGACUUGGGUGGAAGCAGGGUUACGUGCAGGCUACAAGAACAAAAGAUAUGAGCACGUGAGCUUCCUGCAGCCAGAUCCAUCUUCGUUGGCCACAUCAGCGACAUUCAACAUAUCGGAGGACAGCCGUGCGUCCAGCAGGUCACCUGGUGAAGACGAGUGCCAGAGCUUCACGCCGUGGAGAGAUGUGGAUGGCAACGAUUGUCAGAAAUAUUCAGAGCCCGGAUGGCUUAUGUCUUGCCAUGAUCUUCGCGGUGUGGAAGAGAGGACGGACAAUCUGGAUGAGAGGCGAGACUCUGAUCUGAAUCUGUCUCCACGGGAGGCAUGCUGCAGCUGUGGUGGCUCAAACAGUACUGGGCGUGCGCUCGCCAUCAGCAAACUCGCGAGCUCUGUGUUUGCCGUCCUGGAAUCCAUUGCCAACUCUCGGGAAGUGUCGUCUCAACUUCCAGCAGCAAUCGUGGCGACCGUCAAGGAAGCUGUUGACAGCACCGAUGGGAAGGAGUUAUUGGAGAGUCGACUGCUGCAGCUAAGCAACUCGGUGUUGGCACAAGCAGGGCACCUUGCGGGCGACAGCAGCGCCCAUCUCUACUUUGAACGGUCAGAGGAGGUGGUUCCCGCUUUGGAGCUGUUGUCGAUGUUGUUCCCAUCUGCCUCGGCAGUGGUAGUAGCUCGAGAGAAGAUGGAUCAAGACCUCGGAAUGCAGCGGCAGCUGCAGCAGCUGCAGGACACGGUGACGCGGACAGCUUCGUCUGUGCGCGAAGGCUCCAAGGGCAUGCUGGAGAUUGGCACGGCGCUGCUCAGCCACUACAUGAGAGCAUUGAGCUGCUUCUGGAGGAUCUACUUCCUGGUGCUGCUUGUAAUAUGUUUGGCCGCAAUCACAUGGUGGGUCGGUCUUCAUCGCAGGCCUGUAACUUACAUCGUCCUCCGCAGCCACGAUAAAUAUUUUGGCCCGCAGCGGCAAAUCGAAAUGCCAGAAGUUCUUAUGCAGAGCCGUUACCAUUCCGAACGUCUCAGUGGGUUUUUCCUGCCCACAGAGCGUGUCAGCGAAUUCGCGGCAGCACUCAGAGGGGGUGCUGCUUCUUCUCGGGUGUAG